UCGAAUCGAAAUUAACAAUUAUGAUAAUAAACUCAUAUAAAAUUACUUUCCGACCAAUAGUAUUACAUUAUCCGAAACAAACGACCUUGGAGUCAAAGAGAAAAAACCCCGUUAAUUUAAUCUAAGGUGGACGUGGCUAACAAUUAAUGGAUAAUGAACUUACUCCACGUAGGUAGAAUCUUCAAUUCAAAGUACGGAAAUGCCAAUGGGUCCCAUCCUCCCUGACAGCCUUCACUUAAAUUCCCACGGUAAAAAAAAAAAGGGGCGCGUGGGAAGCGUACAACAGGGAAAUUGGGAAAGAUGGGAUUCAAAAGGAAAUUGCGACUGUAGGGGUUGUGUGAUGUGGGACCCACCUCCCAUGUGCCCUCCCUCCUGUCUCCACCAGCUCCUGCCGCUCAAUGAUUAGCACUCUGCUUCCUCUCCCAAAACCCCUCCUCUCUCGGUCUCUCUCUCUCUCUCUCUCUCCUCUGUGCAAAAAUUCUAUUUCCAAUUCUUCUUCUUUGGAAAUCUUUAGUUGCCUUUUAAUCUCCAAUAACCCGAAACAGCAGAGACAAUCUUUUUAGUUUGAAGAAAAAAAAAAGUAAGGGAAUUUUCAGUAAGAGUGAGGUAAUCCUUCCCCAUGUCAAAUUCAGAGGGUGGUGCUACAAACGGAGCCAUAAUGGACCCUCAGAGACAACAACCUCCAGGCAACGGUUCCCUCGGCGUCAAAAAACCUCCUUCCAAAGACCGUCACAGCAAAGUGGAUGGUCGUGGCCGAAGAAUCAGGAUGCCAAUCAUUUGUGCGGCUCGUGUUUUCCAGUUGACUCGUGAGUUGGGUCACAAAUCCGAUGGUCAGACAAUUGAGUGGCUGUUACGCCAAGCUGAACCUUCCAUCAUAGCCGCCACUGGUACGGGUACAACUCCCGCCAGCUUCUCGACAGUGUCGGUUUCCGUCCGCGGCGGAGCUAAUUCUACUUCUUUAUCGUCGACGACUUCUUCUUCGUCUUUGGAUCAUAAGCCUCUGCUGGGUCCUACCUCUUUUAUACUCGGGAAACGCGUCAGGUCCGACGAUGAUAGCGCGGGAAAGGACGAUUCCGGAGUGGUCACGGUGGGACCAGGUGUGGGGUCUAUUGUAGGGCCCACAGGGACACACACGGGUGGGUUCUGGGCUCUUCCAGCGAGGCCCGACUUUGGUCAAGUAUGGAGCUUCGCGCCCCCGCCUCCGCCGGAGAUGGUGGUACAGACGGCUGCUGCUGCUGCGGCAGCGGCUGCUCAGCAACCUGCUGCUGCCGCGUUGUUCGUUCAGCAACAGCAAGCGAUGGGAGAAGCGUCGGCGGCGAGGGUUGGCAAUUAUCAUCCUGGUCAUCUGAAUUUGUUAGCCUCGUUGUCUGGUGCUCCGGGAGGUUCGGGCCGGAGAGACGAGGAUCGGCGUUGAAUUUGGGUGGACCAUUUUACCCUUGUCGUUGUUGGGAGUAUAUAUAUUUAUAUGAAUAUAUAUAUUCUAUAAAUAUUUGUGUAUGGCUGUCGUUUUUAUGUGUGUGGAUGUGGAAGAUGAUUUUUAGUUGCAAUUUUAGGGUUAGGGAAUUAGGGUUUUGAGGGGGCAAUUUGGAUGAUGAAUGGAUUCAAAUUAGGGUUUUUUCCUUAGCACUUUUAUCUGAUGAUUAAUUAGGGUUUUAGAGGGUUCACAAUUGUUUAGGUUUUUGGAGGGUUUAUGUUGGAGGAGGAGAGGGGGUCUAGAAUUGGGGCUUUGGCGACCGGCCGCAUGCUAAAUUUUGGGAUUUCCAGAAUUGGAGAUUUCUUUUAUGAUUAGUUAAGUUUGCUAAUAACUUUUUUCUUUUGGAGAAAACAGAGUGCUCUUGCUCUUUGAUUUUGUGCAAAGAGUUGCUGAUUUCUUUCUGCUUUGAAGAGACCGUGGAGGUUUAUUUCCCACGUUGAAAAAGGAUGUAAACGUGGAUUUGAAGAAUUCAUUGCUUUUCUGCAUUGUCAAAUUCUUCCAGAAUUCAUCAUAUAGCAAUGAUGAACGAGCAAAGUGAGUUGAAUCUUAGUUAUGGUUUGUGCUUGAUUUACACAUAAUUGGGGUUUGAGUUGACUAACCUAAAUCGGUGUCUGGCAUGCUGAAAACCGGGAUUCGCUCUGAAUGAUACUAUGCUUGGCUUGAUGCUGUGGAUAUAUGGUCUCCCAAAAUAUGCUGGAAUUCCCUUUAUUGCUAAUGGAGUUUGAGAAUUAUUAGUUUCUUUGCUGCUAUUUGGCAUAGCUUAGCAUUGAAAAUUAUAGUUCUUAAAUGCGUGGACGUGGGUUGAUGUGGCCCUCUCUCUUCUGCUUUCAUUGUCUAUGUUGAUCACAUGAUCUCAAAGGAGACUGCUGUGUGAAAGAUAAAGGCUCUGGUUCCUUUCUGUAAGACAUCUGUUUUGGAAAAUUUUAGCUGUAUUCUUAGCCAUUUCUUAGAUUUAUCAGCGUGCAAAUAAUGUGUUCUUCAUUUAUGUAAGUGGAUUGUUUUGGGUGACUCUUGUGUGAAUAAAAAACCCAUCCGUUUUUCUCAAUUUUGCUUUUCUGUUGCUCAUUCUUUCUCCUUUGUGUGCUAUUAUUACCUUAGGCUUUGUGUAAGAAUGCAUUUAGUUCUGCUACUAAUUAUCUCAUUUCUGCAAUUCAAUUUUUGAGUUGCGUUUGAUUUAUGUAUUCUGUCAUAACUGGGUCUUGUUUGUUCAAUGGUGAAUGUAGUCCUUGGAGAUCUAUAAUAUGUAUAAGUGGUCCUAUCUGCUGAUUUAAUAGUUUGGGUCAGAGGUAUAAUAAUUGCCAUGACAGCUCUUUCUCGAUCUUUUCUUGCUGGCUGUAACUAACAAAACUUAUCACCAGAAGUUUGAUCACUGUGUAAUCGAUACAGAGCAUUGGAACUUCAUCG